AUGUUUUCCUCUGUUGAAGACGAGCUUCAUUAUUGCGGAUUACGGAUAAUACCAUUUGCUUGUCCAUUUAUCUCUCUGACUUGUUCUAAAAUAAAUUUUCUUCAUUUUUAUUCUUCUUUUUUCCUCUUCUCCUUCUUCUUUCUUCUUCUUCUUUCUUCUUCUUCUUCUUCUUCUUUAUUCUUCUUACUUUUUCUUUUUCUUCUUUUUCUUCUUUUUGCUCUUCUUUCUUCGUCUUUCGUCUUCUUUUUCUUUCCUCUUCUUCUUUUUCUUCUUCCUCAUCUUUCUUUCUUCUCCUUCUUUCUUUUUCUUCUUUCUUCUUCCUCUUCUUCUUUCUUCUUCUUUUUAAUUUUUCGUCUUUCUUUUUCCAUUCUUCUCCUUCUUCAUCUUCAUCUUCUUCUUCUUCUUUGUUUUCUUCUUCUCCUCCUUCUUCUUUCUUCUUUUUUCUUCUUCUUCUUUCAUUAUCAUCAUCUUCUUUCCUUCUUCUUCCUCUUCUUUACAUUCUUCUUCUUCUUUCUUCUUCAUCUUCUUCUUUCUAUUUCUUCUUAUUGUUCCUCUUCUUCUUUCUUCUUCUUUCUUCUUCAUCUUCUUUCUUCUUCUUCAUCUUUUUCUUCUUCUUUUUCUUCUUCCCAUUCUUCUUCUUCAUCUUCUUUCUACUUCUUUUUUUGUCUUCUUCUUCUUUAUUCUUCUUCUUUCUUGCUUCUUCUUCUCCUUCUGCUUUUAACUUCUCCUUUUUUUUACUUCUUCUUAUUCUCCAUCUUUUUCUUCAUCAUCUUUUUCUUCUUUUUUAACGUUAGAGCUAUUUUUAAUUAUUUUUAA